AUGGAACAGUCUCUUUGGCUUCUAGCCGCCUGCUUGGCGGUAGCUGAGGCACAUCCGCAGCGCUCCAGACCAAACACCCGCACCAGCCUGGAAAGGCGCGGCGUGAAUAUUGGCAAAUACUUACUGCCUGACAUCAGCACUUACACAGGGGCUACCUCUCUCGCUGAUGUCGAGGUGUCCAUUCUUGGCUCUAAUUAUAUUGAAACUGCUACAAACCUUGUCAAAAGUGUGUUCACUACCAUCGAUUUCCGUCUUGUCGAUGAUCACUAUGUGGGAACAGACGGGAUGACCCAUGUGAACUUCAAACAAACCGUACAUGGGAUUGAUAUUGAUAACGCCGACUUUCAUAUCAAUGUUGGAACGGAUGGAAAUGUCUUCUCGUAUGGACACAGUUUCUUCAGCGGCUCACUCCCUCAGGAGCCUCCGCGACAAAUGCGGGACACGGAUGAUGCUGUCCAGGCCUUGAGAGGUGCCAUUGAUAUUCUGGGUCUCCCCAUUCAAAUAACCCCAGAUACCUCCGUCGUUCCGAACUGCGUCGAGUCUACCGUUUACUCGAUUAUUGGGACUUCGGGUGCUGAACAAGACCCCGAAGCACGUCUCGUAUAUCUUCAACACGGAAACGAGGUCAAACUCACCUGGCGUGUUGAGACUGACGUGAUGGAGAACUGGCUGCUCACCUAUGUUGACGCUUCUUCAACGAGCGAGAUAUUAGGCGUUGUUGAUUAUGUCUCCGACUUUGCGAGCUAUGAAGUCUACCGGUGGGGGGUAAAUGACCCCGAUGAGGGUUCACGCACGACCGUCAAGGAGCCUUGGCUUCUAUCUGCCUCCCCGUUCACGUGGAUCAGUGACGGCACCAACAACUAUACGACAACGCGUGGAAACAAUGGAAUUGCUCAGGUAAACCCUUCUGGGGGCUCGUCUUAUCUCGACAAUUAUCGACCCGAUUCUCCGGAGCUUAAGUUCGAGUACCCUGAUGAGACAGACCCCGUUGAAUACAGGAAUGCAUCAAUUACUCAGUUGUUUUACACAGCCAACAUGUUCCACGAUCUCCUACAUUCCCUGGGCUUCACCGAGGCUGCUGGGAAUUUCCAGGUUAAUAACAAUGGGCAAGGCGGCAGGGGGGGCGAUCCUGUGAUUCUUGAUGCGCAAGAUGGCUCUGGAUCCAAUAACGCGUACUUUGCUACUCCACCAGAUGGCAGCCCUGGGCGGAUGAGGAUGCUUAUGUAUACUUGGUCGCUCCCUGAGCGUGAUAGCAGCUUCGAAGCUGGCGUAGUUAUUCAUGAAUACGCCCAUGGGCUUUCCAACCGGCCCACAGGCGGUCCAGCCAACUCCAACUGCCUUGGCGGCGAAGAAUCAGGCGGCAUGGGCGAGGGCUGGUCCGAUUUCUUCGCCACUGCCAUCCGUCUCAAGUCCAACGACACUCGCGAGACGGACUAUUCUAUAAGUGCAUGGGUCAAUAAUUGGGCUCUCGGCAUCCGCGCAUAUCCAUACUCGACCAGUAUGACUACCAACCCGCAUGUCUAUUCUGACGUUCAUGAAGUGGGCGGCGAACCCCAUAGCAUCGGUGAAAUCUGGGCCAGCGUCCUUUAUGAGAUCUUAUGGAACCUGAUAGAUAAACAUGGCAAGAAUGAUGGGGACUUUCCCGACUUUGAUAGCAAUGGUGUUCCUACUGAUGGCAAGUUCCUUGCUAUGAAGCUUGUCUUGGACGCCAUGGCUCUGCAGCCCUGCUACCCGGCCUUUAUUCAGGCUCGUGAGGCUAUCAUCGACGCGGAUCAGGCUUUGACUGGUGGAGCGAAUUAUUGCGAACUCUGGGCUGGAUUCGCUAAACGUGGGAUGGGUCCUGAUGCAACUAAUUCUACGUAUAAGCCUCGCAUGGACGAUUUCAAUCUCCCAGUUGGCUGCUUGGAUUGA